AUGCAUUUACCCAAUACACAAAACAUUAGCAGUAUAUCGAUAGAUUGUGAUUCAUCUAUGGACCCUCUGAACAUCACAGAUACCUGUAACUCGGAAUACUUCCUGGUUGAAGACAUAGAAUGUACACCGGAGUAUGCCUCCUUGCCUAACAAAAAAAAGCGUCAUAUCACGAAGAAGAAAAAGCUGGUCAGCAUGCCGAAGCAAGAGGAUUAUUAUUCGAAGGAGGUGACGAGAGGACAGAAUCUCAUUCAGGACAAGGUCGAGCGGAAGAAGCCGGAGCUUCUCUUGGAGUGCGCUACGUGUGGCAAACGAUUCAGCCAGAAGACCACCAUGAUAAAGCACAUGAGCGAGCACAAGUACCAAUGCCAAACCUGCUGCCAGAACUUUAGCCUGAAGCGGGAUCUGAAGAACCACAUGGAGAAGAUCCACGGACCUCUUCUCUAUUCGUGCAGUAUUUGCGAAUACAAGAGCAAUAAUAAGUGCACCCUGAAAGAUCACUUCAUACGAAAACAUACCAGCGGCUUCCAGUACUCGUGUACAGUUUGCAAGAAACAGUUUAAAAUUAAGAACGACCUGAAGCAACACAUGAAUCAAAUGCAUAGCGGCGACCCGCCCAUCAUCUGCAGCAUCUGCGGCCACGCUUGCAAGAACGUGCCCGCCAUCAAGGCGCACAUGAAGUACCGACACCACAAGCCGGCUUACGAGUGCAAGAUAUGCAAGCGCGGUUUAACCACGCAAGAAUAUCUGGAGCAGCAUCUGAUCUGGCACCAGCGCAAGGAGAAAGUGGUCUGUCCCACUUGCGGCAAGACCUUCGGCCAGAAGAGGGACUUGGACCUUCACCUGAGGAUCCAUCAGGGUAUCCGACCGUUCUCCUGUCCGGUCUGUGGCAAGACCUUCCCUCGGAAGACCGCGCAGGAGCAGCACAUGCUGAUACAUACCGGAAAGAGGCCGUAUAUCUGCGAUAUCUGCGGCCAGACCUUCGCGCAGAAGCCAGGUCUCAUCUGCCACAGAAAGCGUCAUCCUGGACCGUUGCCGCCGUUACCAGUGGUGUCCAUUAAGAAGAUUAUCAUGGACUUCACACAGGAACUAGGUUUUAAUUCUGCUCAACAGCAGGAUAAGAUAGCACAACGACGAGGCAAGACGCGCGCCGUGCACCAGUGCGUCAAGUGCGGCGCCUGCUUUCGGCACACGAGGAAGCUUGUGGAGCACCUGAAGAAUUUGCACAACAUCGACCGCGCCUUCAGCUGCGACGAGUGCGACAAGACGUUCCGCAGCCCGAUGAACAUAGCCCGCCACAAACUGAUCCACACGGGACUAAAGGUGUUCGUCUGCGAGCUCUGCGACUACAGCACCAAUCAGAAGUCCAAUCUGGAGUGCCAUCGUCGUCGGCACGCGCAGGACUACAGUUUCAAGUGCGAGACUUGCGAGCGAAGUUUCUACCACAAGACCGAGUACCUGGAGCACGAGAACGCGCACACCAACAAGAAUCUCUAUCGCUGCGAGCACUGCCACAAGUGCUACCUCUACAAGAAGAACCUGUUGGUACACAUGGCGACGCAGCACGCUGCCAGCAAGCAAACUGGCCCGGCCGGCGCGAAAAGCAACGCGCGUGCGAAGCAUGCGUGCAAGCUCUGCCCGGAGAGAUUCGUCUACAAGAGGCUGCUGCGGCAGCACAUGAAGAAUCAGCAUGGACUCUCAAGUCCGACCACUAAGUAUCUGUGCGACGUGUGCGGCGCGGAGCUGUCGUCCCAACGACGAUUAACCGUGCACAAACGCGCUCACACGGGCGAGAAGGUCUUCGAGUGUGACAUAUGCGACAAGAAAUUCGCCAGCAAAGAGAACCUGAGCAUCCACAAGCGGACACACACCGGUGAACGUCCGCAUGUCUGCCCGCAUUGCGGCAAGAGCUUCGCGCAGAGGACGCCGUUGGUGUUGCACUUGCGUUUUCAUUCGGGCGAGAGGCCGUAUCAGUGCCCCGACUGCGGUAAGGGCUUCGUGUCCAAUUCUUCCGUCAAGAGACACCGAAAAAUGCACAAGAAAGCUGUCACCGCGCAACCGAAGACCCGACCGACCAAUAAUCACAAUGAGCUUUCCAGCUGCGCCGAUGCGGAAGCGACAAACGAGACUUCCUUGUCUGAUCUUCGACAGAAACUCGAGAGCAUCGCCAAGACCUGCGAAAUGUGCCAGGAGAAAUUUUACUUCGUCUCCAGGCUGGUCGCGCAUCUGCGGACUGUACACGGUAUUACCCGGCCCUUCAAGUGCGCCAACUGUGACAAGAGUUACCCUCAGCAGUUCAUAUUGAACGCUCACGUGAAGAAGUCGCACAUGCCGAAGACAGUGCCGUGCAACGAGUGCAGCUUUAUGGGUGUGAGCGCGACUGACGUGGAGAAACACCGGAAACAGGUCCAUCGCGCCUUGAAGUUUACUUGCGAGAUUUGCAGCAAGAACUUCGACGACAAGGACGCUCUGGUCACGCACACGACGAUGCACGACUUCAUGCAGUAUCAGCGAUGCGGCGCAUGCGACAGUGUCUUCAAUGACGUGUCCAGCUUGAAGGAACACAAUCGUCUGCAACAUUACGACUCUGCGACGGCGGCUAAGAAGAAGAAACCCGUGAGCGAACACAAGUGCGACGUUUGCGACAAGGUGUACAAGUACAAAUUGAUGUUGAAGCAGCACCAGGCGAAGGCACACGGCGACCCCAGCUGCGAAGGACGCAGGUACCUCUGCGCGUUCUGUGGUAAGGAACUGAAAACCGCGAAGGGCCUCGAGAUCCACAACAGGUCACACACCGGCGAGAAGCCGUACACCUGCGAAGUAUGCGGCAAGUGCUUCGCCUGUGAGACGCUGUUGAGGACCCACAGCGUCACUCACACCGGAGAACGCAAGUAUUCGUGCGAUCAGUGCGGCAAGACGUUCACGCAGAGGUCCACGUUGGUCGUUCACAAGCGAUAUCACACGGGCGAACGACCGUACAUUUGUCCGCAAUGCGACAAAGGUUUUAUCACGCGAACCGUUCUCAAUAGUCAUAUAUCGUCCUGUCAUUGA